UGGAUUUUGGAACGCGGCAGCGGAGGCGAUAGUGGCUGUAGAAGCUGGCGGAUCGGAAGAGGCGCGGCGGGUACGGAGAGUGUCGCUCGUUUGUGGACUCCGUCGGGUGCGCUACGGACUUCCUGCUCAGUCUUGUGUUUAAGGCCUGCUUUCUGGCUGAUAGAGGCGCCUUCGCGGAUUCCCUCCCCACCCAGUCCCACUGGGAAAUGCAGAUGAGUUGGUGAGAGAGAGAGAGAGAAAAGGUUGAGAGCUCAGCGCAUGCAAUCUGCAGUAUCUCUCCGCCGCUCAGGACGUUUUCUGCCGACUGACACCAGGCACUUCCUUACGCCAGGCUUCUGGCACACCACCGCGUUUGCCUUUGAGAGCCUGACAUGCAGGUUGUCUGUCGGGGCUCGUGAAAAGGGAGGAUGGGCACACAGGGCAGCCCGGUUAAGAGCUAUGACUAUCUGCUGAAAUUCCUGCUGGUGGGAGAUAGCGACGUGGGCAAAGGAGAAAUCUUGGAGAGCCUGCAGGACGGAGCAUCUGAGUCGCCGUAUUCCUACAGUAAUGGUAUUGACUACAAAACGACUACCAUUCUGCUGGAUGGCCGGCGGGUCAAACUGGAGCUUUGGGACACUUCGGGCCAGGGUCGAUUUUGCACCAUCUUCCGUUCUUAUUCCAGAGGAGCCCAGGGAAUUCUCCUGGUGUAUGACAUCACUAACCGGUGGUCUUUCGAUGGGAUAGAUCGCUGGAUCAAAGAGAUAGAUGAGCAUGCGCCGGGGGUCCCUCGGAUACUUGUUGGGAACCGACUCCACUUGGCGUUCAAGAGGCAGGUGCCCACUGAGCAAGCGCGCAGCUAUGCUGAGAAGAACGGCAUGACCUUCUUUGAAGUCAGCCCCCUCUGCAACUUUAACGUAACGGAGUCCUUCACGGAGCUGUCCCGCAUUGUCUUGAUGAGGCAUGGGAUGGAGAAGAUGUGGAGACCAAACAAAGUGUUCAGUCUGCAGGACCUUUGUUGCCGUGCCAUUGUCUCCUGCACCCCAGUGCACCUCAUUGACAAGCUACCCUUGCCCGUGGCCAUCAAGAGUCACCUCAAGUCCUUUUCCAUGGCCAACGGAAUGAAUGCCGUGAUGAUGCAUGGACGGUCCUAUUCUGUGGCUGGCAGCAGCGGAGGAGCCACAGGAAGCGGAGGGGGAAGCAAGGGCAACAGUCUUAAACGUUCAAAAUCCAUCCGGCCGCCGCAGAGCCCCCCUCAGAACUGCUCAAGAACCAAUUGCAAAAUAUCUUAGCAUGGGAGUCUGGGAUAGUGGGGGGACAGGCUCCUGCUAGUGAUAAUCCCACUGCUGCAACAGUCUAGUGGCCACCAAGUGAUGGAAUCUUGCAUGGAUGUAGAGCCCUACUCUGCUGGGCCGGAGUCCAAUAUGAGGAUCAGAGUCAGCGAUGAGGAUCACCACCACUUCUUCUCACUGAUUGGCUUCCAAGCACCUCCACUCAACCUUAAUUCCUUUUGAGGAUUGCAUGAUGGACCUUCCGAAGACCUUCUUACCCAGGAACUGACCAAUGCUGCACAGAGGCACGUUCUACAGGAACUUCUCACUUUUAUUCCCUUUUUUUUUUAAUUUAUAAAUUGGUAUAUAAUAACCAGCGCCUCACUUUUUAUAUAUUUAAUGCCUGGCGAUAUACUUGUGUAUCUUGCUGUACCUUUCUCAUAUACACCUGUUCUUAAGGGCAAGAAAAGGCCGCGUGGAAUCGUGGAGGGGAGUCUACUUCCUUUUGAACCUUUAGCUAUCGCAGUUGUUGCAGAACUAUAACCCCCACCAGCUUUUCUAGGAGUCUUCAGUGCCAAACGUUACCUCUUACUAUAGGAAAACGUUCUAUAGGUGUAACUGUAAUGAUAUGAUGCAGGUGUGUAGCCUUCUGUAGGGACUCAAGCUGGUGCCGCUUCUGAGGAGUGUCCUGGACUUUCAUCCAGUUGGAAAUCAUUUUCUUUCUGAUAAGGGUUUGCACAGGCGCUCUAUAGAGCUUUCCCUUUCUCAAGUACCUGGGCAGCUGCAGUUGGAUUAUUAUUAACAUGGCCCCACACAGGGUCCUUAGUCCUGAGCCCCAUGAAUGCAAGUAGCCCAAGGUUAAUUGCCAUUUCUAUAAACCCCCAUUCCAUGAACUAAUUGGCUAAAGGCAGUGGCUGUGCAAGUUUAAAACAGCAGCUCAUUUAGCACCUGUACCUUUUAUUUGCUACCUCACUGCAGAGCUGGCACAUUUGCUUUUUUAUGACCUAUAACUGCCACAUUCCAUGGCUGCGGCUAAAAUGCGGUUCCCACUCUGCCUCCCGGUUGCAUUGACUGAAUUAAAGGGGCUGUGAGGGAAUGAGAACAACUUGCCUGUCUGUGACGCUGGUUGCUGACCACUGUCGCCCCGUGGGAAUCCUCACUAUGUCGCGGCAACUGCUGAGAAAUCGGGCGUUGUUUCUUUUCUUCUUCCUGGCCCCUUUUUCCUAUUAUUCACGAGUGACAAAUUCCAGCCCUCCUGGCAGGAGAAUGAAACCUAACCCAAAGCUUCAUGUUCUAUUUACCAUUCUUAUGCACUUUCUCCAAUGCAGAUCCCUUAAUUUCCCCCCAAAUUCACCUCUUACAUGGAGGAUACCCAAUCCCUCAAGGUCAGCCCAAAGCUUGGCCCUAUUGGGAGUCAUUAAAGGAGAACUAAAACUUAACUAAAGAAGUAGCUAGAAAUAUUGUACAUUAUGUUUUGGACUUCUGUACCAGCCCAAGGUAACCACAGGCCUUUAGCAGUAAAGAUCUAUGUCUCCAAAGAUGCCCCAGUAGCUCCCCAUCUUCUUUUCUGCUGAUUCACUGCACAUGCUCUGUGCUGCUGUCACUUACUGAGCUUAGGGACCCACUCACAAUAUACAGUACACAUAGAAUAGAAAUGUCACAAUAUAAGGCUGAUUAGUAAUUAAUACAGAUAAUUACUACAUGACAGCACAGAAACCAGUGCAAUUAGCAUCAGAAUUUAAUAAUCAGCCCUGUAGCAUCAGUUUAUAUUACAGGGGAAGCUCAUUUUCUGCUGGAUAAUUAGUGAUGAGCCCUAAGCUUAGCUUCUCAACAGCUGCUCAGAGCCCACUGAGCAUGUGAGUGUCACAGACACUUUCCAAGAUGGUGACCCCCUGUGACAAGUUUGAAGUCCUGGAUCAUUGCUGCUAUUGACAAGCUGAAACUUUAGGCUGGGGCAAUAAUUUUAGUAUAUAAAAUAUGGGAUUAUUAACCACAUUCAUUUUAAGGGUUUAGUUCUCCUUUAAUGUCCAGGGCUCUGCCUGCUUCUCUAUCACCAACCCUGCACCUUAGCCUCGUAUAUCUCCUACAUCCUUGUGUUACAGGGGAGCAGUGGCUUAGCCCUGCAUUUCUCUACCCUAUGUAUUAUCCCUCGUAUAUAAAGUGUGGCCCCUUGGAGUGUGGGCUCUUAUUGUUGACCACACAAAGAUGAACUAAGGAGGGAAGCUUUAUAUGAUUAAAUAGCAGUACCAACUGCCCAAUGAACUCAAUACAAAUGAUUGCAAAUUAUUACUUGAUGUGCAAGGGUCAGGUUGCAACACCAAGGGCUGCAUUCAGUUCCCCAUAACUCUCCUGGAACCUAUUGUUCCAUUCCUAUAAUAGAUGUGUCUGUGGAUAGACCAUUCUCUCUCUCUCUCUCUCUCUGCAUUCUUGCAUGAUGAUGGGACCUGCCAAACUGCUUGCCGUUACCUUUGCCUAUGGAGAUUAACCCCAGUGAACUCAACUAGUAGGAUGACUCCCAUUCUAUGCACCGCUGCACAACAUCUGUGGUCCCACAUGCUACGCAAUAUACGUAACCCACACACCAUGUCUACACGAAUGGUAUAAUCUUCCUAUCCAUAUCCUAGGUUGGUUCUAGAUAUUUGGGUAUUGUGGGAAUGAACUUAGAAAAUUUGAUCAAACCCCCUGCCCAUUCCCAGAGCAGCAUAGGCUUUAAGGGAUGUUGGGAGUAGCAGUUCUCAUCAGCUGGAAGGUUGUAAGUUUUGAGUACUGAGGUGGGUAGGAUCUAGAAUUUGGAUAGAAUGAUCCAGAUUGAUGAUUCUAGCUGAUGGAGGCUGUGCUUCUCUCUGUGUACUGGCCAUGUUGGCUGGAAGCUGGUACAUAUAUGGCACCCCUCGGUGCUUUGUUUGGUUUAUUCCUAUACCUUUCUCCUUGUUUUAAACACUAAUAACUUUCCCACAGCUGAACAUCAUGAAACAUACAAGCAACACCACCCCUGCCCUUCUUAAGCCACUGCAGAUCCAGUGUCCGGAUAAGUUGGGGUUGCCAUAUAAUGUCCCUUCUGAUGAGAUGGGCCUCAAUCAUCCCCCUAACGCUUUACCUCUCACUGGGUGGGUCCAGCUCCCUCUGCUGCACAUUGCAUCAAGAUGCCGACAGUCAGGGGAUAUGGGGCAACUGUUUGUGGAAGGGACUAGUGAGCAACCAUUAAUGUGUCCCCUAGAGGAGAGAAUGGGAUCAUGGAAGCUUAACUCCCCUUUGUAAAGUUUUGAUACAAUGUUUAAUGCUGCUCUAACCCGUUAAGCGUUCCUGCCCUGGCCUCUAGGUGGCAGCGGGCUGACUUUACCAACUGUGAAAUCCGGAUGCUCUUUUUUUUUUUUUGUUUGUCAGUCAGUCUUUUUUUUGUUUUGUUUUUUUCUAAAUAAAUUAAAAAGUUUUGGUCUUUUAA